CAAACCAAAGGCCGAGUAUCGCGGCAACCCAUAACUCAAUCAUCAUCAUAAAAAUACCUCACUUCCCUUCUCUCUCUCUUCAUUCAUUCCAACAACACCUGUCAACCAAGAUAGUGAGAGAAACUGAAAAGAAAGCUUUGUUUGCAUUUCAUCAUCACUAUCCAAUUUCUAUAAACAGCAAUUUCUUCCCUUAACCUCAAAACCAAGAGUUUGGUAGCUCAUUCUUUUAUGGGAAACUGCUUUCAUUAUUUCUCUCCAUCAAAAACCAGGCUCAAAUUAAUUUAGCUAGUGUGUCUUGUGACUGAGUGAGUUAUUAUUAUGGGUGAAGAACCAUUCUCUAACAACAAGAUGACCAUGAUGCUGCUGCAUCAGCAUCAAAAUCAUCACCACCGUCCAUUUUCAUCACCCUUUGAUUCUGUUCAUGGUGGUUGUGGUCCCACUUUCUCUUCUUCCUGUGUUCUUUCCCCUGCUCCCAUUGAGGGUGCUGUAAUAAGACCACCUUUGCAGCAGCCUUUUGAAACCCCCACAUUCAAAUCCCCAGGUUGUGGAGGAAUGGCUACUUUGGGGUUUCCUUUCACAAGUUCUCAAUGGAGGGAGCUGCAAAGACAAGCCAUGAUUUACAAGUACAUGAUGGCUUCUGUUCCUGUUCCUUCUGAUCUCCUCAUCUCAACUACUUCACUCAUGCCCACCACCUUGGAUGGUGGUUUCAACCUGAGGUUGUCAAAUGGCACUGAUCCGGAGCCAGGAAGGUGCAGGAGAACAGAUGGGAAGAAAUGGAGAUGCUCUAGAGAUGUGGCACCUAAUCACAAGUACUGUGAGCGCCAUAUGCAUAGAGGUCGUCCCCGUUCAAGAAAGCCUGUGGAAGUUCACACCAACAACACCAUGAACAACAAUAGUAGCCUUCCAAUCAAAAGGGCUCGCCAUGAUUGCAACCCUUUUUCUUCUGCUGGUGAUGUUACAGUUGCUGUUUCUAACAGAAAAAAUGGAUCUCAGUCUCAUUUUCUAGCUAACAGUCAACCAUACAUUGAAAAGUCUUCCUUUUCUCUUGAUAACUUUGGCCUUAAAGCUGCAAACUUUGGCUCCCUGGCUUCUGUUUCUUCAAAUAGGGAACCCAGAGGCUUGGAGUGGAUGUUGAAUGGAGACCCAAUUUCUCUGGGUGCUUCUGACUCAGGAUGGCACUCUUUGAUGCAUGACAAAAAAGUUGGUGGUUCCUGCAAUAACACUGAGCCUCAGUAUCUGAAUUCAUUUGCACUGUAUAGUUCUGGACUGGAUCAUCAUGACAGAAGCCUCCCUCCUUUCCUGAAUCCUCUGGUUGUUCCCAUGGAGCAUCUUCAAUCUGAGAAACCAAGGGGAUUCAUUGAUGCUUGGUCCAACACAGAAACAAGGGAAAUCAAUGCCAACAAGAACUCUACUUCAUCAAUUGGUAAAUUAACCCUUUCAUCUCUGGAUCUGUCAAUGGGAGGUGCUGUGCAUGAUGAAAUGGGAACUAUUGGAAUGGGGUUAGGCCUAAUGGAGCAUGAUGGAAACACACGCGAAGAUACUAAGAUCUCUCUCUCAAAUUGGCUCAACCCAUCACCUUGGGUGGCUUCUUCAACACCUGGGGGUCCACUAGCUGAAGUUCUCAGGCCAAGCACCAUCACCAGUGAUGCUGCAACUUCCGGUCCAUCCUCGCCGGCGGUAACACAUGUUGAAUCUAGCAGAACAAUGGUAUCAUCUCCAUCUGGGGUUCUGCAGAAAGCACUUGCUUCAUUUUCUGAUAGCAGUAGCAAUAGCAGCCCAACUAUUGCAUCAUCAAGGGCUAGUUCUGAGAUUACCUUGCUCAAGUUCAAUUAAGUGUAUAUUAAUUAGCAUCCUCUGUUAUUAGUUAAUUUUAAUAGCAGUUUGUUCUGUAAUGUUAUUUGGGGUGCAUCCUCUAUUGUUAUAUACUAUGAGAAACUCUUAAGAACAACCUGUGCUUCUGUUUGUGUGAAGAAGAUUCCUUGCUGCUUUGAAUUCCA